UAUUGAAAAUGCAAAAUUGAAAUUUUCUCUAUGUUAACAAUAAUUAUUUUUUCAGCAUUACCAAUUUAACCUUUGAGUAACCUUGAGUACUUCAAGAGGUCUUAUCCAUAAUCUUUAUUUAUUUUUUAGAUUGCAAAACGCAACGUUAUAUGCUUGGCUUCUUGUAAUAAUGUUGAUAACCUCAGAAGGAGGGGUUUUUCGAACAUCUGCUAAUAGCUUUUACUUGCGGGGUCUUCAGGAUAUUCUUAUACGCAAACGCAGAAAUACUAUUUUUGUCCCCUUUUUUUAAGAUAAACGCGCUGCUAUUUGUAAAAAGAUUUUUCCAAUUUUUGUGAAUCAUUCCAGAAACUAUUUCAAAAAAACUUUCCAAAAUAUAUUAAUUGGAAUAUUUUUCUAUACAUUAGUUUUAAUGUAAAAAUAAUUGUCAGCGGAAGCUAACCACACAAAAAUAAUCAAUAAUAUCAGCUGUUUACUUCCAACGAGGAAAUGUUACAUUUACAAAAACAUGGAUUCCAGUAAAAACAACAUUUAGAAAUAUUGAAAUGACACAAAUUUCAAGGAGUGAAAAUCAUUCUAAAUAUAGAUUUAUUGAUUGUACUAACAAUUAUGUUAAAUAUGACUACGAAAAUGAUUGGUUGCAUUGGAAAAUGUACCUCUGGUUUGUCACUCGAGGAAUUGGAUCAAAUUACAGAUAGUAUAAAUCAAACCUUGCAGCAUCCCAAAGGAACAGAAGUCUUUAGAAAAUAUUUAAAUCUAUCUCGUCGGAAUGAUGAUUUGGAAUGUUUAGAAUUGUAUGAAACCUGCACGAAAAUUGUCGACAAGGAGGAAAAAUACGUGAAAACAACCAAGGAACCAACUCUUGAUAAUUUAAAGGAAGAUGUCAGUACUGCGAUGGCAAUGGCCGAAGAUUUGGACGUCGCGGAAAUUGAUUUAUCAAUUAUGUUAAGAUUUAAUGAAGCUGUAAAUAGCGAAUCGAGGGAAGCAAUGUUAAACGUUUUACAAGACACGAAAUUACGUUUGUUAGAGCAUUUAAGAAAUGCUCACAAGGGAUUUCGAACGUACGCCUUAAAACCUUGUCCUAAUACGAAACAAAAGUAAAAAAAAUAUGUACUUACCUUAAAGGACUUCAAUCUCUUAUUAUUUAUUUAAAAAAACAAUUUUUUAGUUUGUAUUGUAUUUUUAUACACAAAAAUAAAUUUUUUUAUAAAUAAUAAA